ACGAUGUAGCUGAUCGAGAAGCGUCACAGUAGAGCCAGUUCAUACAUCACUAGCCUUGUUUCCUUCACCCAACCGAACACAUUACUGCGUCAACUGAACAGCCUUUGUAAAUAUAGAUACAUCAGAAGGCCGAUUUCUCUAGCAAACCUCCUAACGCGGAUGAAAUAGCCGCUCAGCACAGAUGCCGCCAAAGGCGCCGCAGGGUUUGACCCUGGCUUCAUUUCUGCCUGCUGGAUUGAAAUCAGAGCCGGAGCAGCCAGCUACUUCCUACAGCGGGCCUCGGGGACCUCCGCGAUGCCGUUGUGAGGGACCAUUUGACCUGUGCUAUCGGUAUCCAGCGAAUACACCGAAUGCCGCCUGCAAGCCGACCUGGGACCGGUUGCUAGCGCCGUUUCAGUUCAAGGGUCGCGAAUGGACCAUCGUCGAGCUGCGCGCGCUCUGGCCGCACACGGUGCAGGCCCUCAACGAGCGCCUGAUGAAGGGGCGUAUGGAGCGGACCCUGAAGGAGGACCUGCAAGAUGACCUGCAGGUGCUAAUAGACCUCAUCCAGCACUCCUGCAAGCCACACCCACGGCCGCCGCGUGCGGGUAUGAAGACGCUCAUCGUGCAAGGCCGCAUCUUGGCGGAGGCCAUUGCGCAGGACGCGCUGUUCCAGCUGGACCCGGAGCCCGCCGCCGCCGCCUCCUCCUCCGACGCCUCCGCCGCCGCCGGCUCGCGGCCCGACCUUGUGGAGCUGAUCAACCGGCUGCGGGAGCACCACGGCAACAGCCUGCUGGGGCCGGCGCUGCACGUGCUGCGCACGCUGGGCAACACCGCCGUGCACUUGGACCGCGACAGUGCGCGGCUGACGGACGCGGAGAUCGGCGACGCGGCGGCGGUGUGCUGCCGGCUGGUGGUGCACGUGGUGGACGCCUACAUGCACAUGUGCGCCAACCUGCACAGACACGACGAGACGCAGGAGGCGUUGGCUCAGCCGCUUCAGGAGGCACCCGUGGCGCCCAUACCCGCACCCAACGUGCUGCUCCGCCCUCGCGACCAGUCGCCCGCGGCUCCACCAGCCGUCAUAGCACCCUCCGCAUCAGCUUUAGGUAGCGCUAGCGUCGGGUCGGGCUCCGCGGCUCGGGUGGCCAACCACGCGCUCGGCCGCACCGGCAGCGGCCGCAGCGCAACGGGGCCUGGCAUGGCGGGGGCAGCGGCGGCGGCGGCGCACCGUGUCAGCGGGGGUGGAAACGCGCUGGGGCAUAGCGAUGAGGACGGGGAGGACGACAUUGUAUACAGCGUCGGCGGCGGCCGCCGCCACAGCGCUAGCGGCGGCGGCCGCUCGCAUGGCGGUUCGAUGGACGGCGGCGGCGCGGGUGGACGUGUGCCAUACAGCCUAGUGCCGCCGGACUGGGCCGCGGGUGCAUUUGGGUUUGGGGCUACGGCUGUGUCGGCAGCGGACGCGGCCCUGGACGCAGCCCAUAGCCCCGGCCGCGGCGGGGCUACCGCCGGGAGCCGCAGCUGGUGGCCGGCUAUGGGGCCAGCAGACGCGGCGGCGGCAGCCGUGGCAGCGGCUCCAGCGGCGCCGUCGUCGCCGCAGCUGCCGAAUCCUAUCAACAUGCUGCGGCGGCCGGCGGCGGCGGACAUGGCGGCAGCGGCGCAUGAGGCAGCGGCCGGCGCUGCGCAUUACUCACCAUAUGCGGCGGCGCCGGCGCUGCCACCGGCGGAACCACAACUGGCCGCGUCUGUCACGGAUUGGCUGGAUGCCUUCUCCUUGGGCCCGCCCGGCAGCGGCGCUGCGCCCGCCGUGGGCACAGGGCGGCGCAGCGACAGCGGCGGCGGUGGCAGCAGUGGCGGCGGCAGCUUCGCGCGUGUCUCUGGCGGCAACGGCAGCGCACACCCCAUGGCGCCGUAUGUCGUGCCGUCUGCCACCUUCACGGCCGGCGGCCCCGGCGGCUCGCCGCACCUGACCUACGCCAACGGCGCCGCCGGGUCGGCGGACGCCUGGGCCGCGUCCAACGCGGCACAGGCCGCCCGGGCCUACUACCACACGCCGCCUGGGCCCGGGGCGCCGCCGGCCGGCAGCUCACCCACGCGCCGCUCGCCGCUGACCCUCAUGCCCGACCCCAGUCAAGCCUUGGGCGCAGGCCACGUGGGACUACCGCAUUCACAUGGCCACCUCGCAGCUCAGCUGGCCCCAGCGCGCGGCGCCUCGCCACCGCCGGUGCCCUUCGCCAUCCCUCGCCCCAUGCCUGGCAGUGGCAGCUCGCCGCCGCGGCAUGCCCACGAAACCGCCCAGCCGCAUGCCCCGGGGGUGCAGGCUGCGGCUGUGGCAGCAGGCUCGGGGGCGGUAGCGGCCAUGCCGCCGGCGGAGGCGUCCAAGCGGCUGCUGCAGCUGUGCGCCACAGCGCAAGCGCCGCCGUCAGCCAAGGUGCUGCAGCUGCUGGCGGCUGGGGCUACGCUGGCGGUCACCGACAAGUCGGGCAUGAACGCCCUGCACAUGGCCUGCUACUGGUGUCACGCCGAGGCCGCCGGCCUGCUGCUUGGCGGCGCGGCGGCCGCUGGAGGCCGAGCCGCAGCCGGCGGCAGCGGCAGCGGCAUGUCCGCGUCAUCAGCGGCGGCGGCGGCGGCAGCUGACCGCGAGGGACGCACGCCGCUGUGGGUGGCGAGCCAGCGCGGCCAUGUGGAAUUGGUGCAGCUGCUGCUGUCGCGGGCGGGCGGCGAGGGUGGCGUAGACGUGAACGCAGCCAACUCGUCUGGUGUCACGCCGCUGCGGGUGGCGGCGGCGCAGGGCCACGCCGACGUGGUGGCGGCGCUGCUGGCGGCGGGCGCGGCGCCAGACCUGGCCGACAAGGACGCCUUCACGCCGCUCUACGUGGCCUGCGCGCGCAGCCACCUGGAGGUGGUACGGCUGCUGCUGGCCGCUGGCGCACCCGCAGACAGGUGCGACAAGGGCGGCCGCACGCCGCUGUGGGCCGCGCUGCACCCGGGCGGCUCCGCCAAGGCCGAGGCCUGCCCCGAGCGCCGCAGCGCCGUGGUGCGGGCGCUGCUGGCGGCGGGCGCCGACGUGCACCUGCUGCCGGACGUCCGGGACAGAGACUAUUGCUGGCAGGUGCUGGCGCAGAGCAUUGCGGCGGGCGAGUGAGCACGCGUCAUGCACCGUGCAGUCGACGGUUGCACGCGCGCUCGAUGGAGAUACUACAGCUGUGCAGAGAAGCCGCCGCGGCCGCUGCAGGCUGCUGCCGGGUGUCUGUGUGGUAGUGGAAGAGGCGGUUGGCUGCAGUACGCGGCGCCACGCCGCCGAUUGAUGGAGCCAGGCUGCAGCUCGGAUGCACUGACCUGUGUGCCAGCGGUCGAGGGCGGCGUGCAGGAAGGGGGCUAUUGCAGGAGCCGGCAGCAGCAGCGGCUGAGGCUGCAGCAUUCAUGCAGUGGACGGGCGCCUUCCUGCGGCACCUUGCGGCCGCCGGCAGCCAGCGGCCGGCGGCAGCCAUGCCUCUACCACAUGGGCACAUGUGACCCAGCUCUGCCACUUGGACGCCCCCAGCGUAAGCACAGCACACGCAGAAGCGGCAGCACUCACUCCACCUUUCAGCAGGCGCAGGCUCUCGGCCGCUGCCCCCUCCCAUUUGCUUUCCGCUGGGGGCACCCAGGCACUGGGAACCGCCAGCACGAGGCGCAAUGUUCACAACGUCAACAAACGCCUGCGUAACUGGGCCGUCAAGCUACAUGAGGUUACAUGCGGAACGAGGCGCACUCGGGUUGCGCUCUGGCGGGCUAGCCGCCAGCGAUGGACAUUGUGCGGUUGUUGGGGGAAGGAGGACCCAGUGCAAGCCCAGGUGUUGGGUGAAGUCAGGACUACCGGUAUGUUGCGCACCUCUUUAUCCUUCAAGUACUCAGGAUAGUUUUGUGGAUUUUGGUUGUCAUAGUGGUAGUGGUCAUCGCGGGAUGGAAGGCAACAGCAGGCGGGGUUCCGGACUGCGGACGCUGUCUGCCCUGGAGGCCUGGACCCGUGGAGUGGGUCCGCGAGGCGAUCGCGGCAUUUUCUUCAAUGCGCAAUGCCUGAUUAAGUUGGAAAGUUGCAAACACUGCACGGUUGCUGCUAGCUUGUAAAUGUUCAAGUAU